CGAUCUGCCGCCGGCUGAAUCGCCAUCCCUGCGAGCGUGUCCAUCCUUCUCGUUCUUGGCCACACAUCAAGAUGAGCAAGCUGCUGUGCGCCGUCUCACCUCUCCUGCUCCCGCUCCUCCUCGUCGCGAACCUGGGAUCGACAUGGGCACUGACCCCCUCCUCCCUGACCGGCCUCUCUGCCCGGCGCUACGACUCCAUCUUCAGCUUCGGUGACUCUUUCGCCGACACCGGCAACAACCCCGUCGUCUUCGCCGAGAACGGCGUCCCCGACCCCGUCACGCGCGCUCCCUACGGCUCCACCUUCUUCGGCCGCCCCACCGGCCGCAACUCCAAUGGCCGCCUCAUCAUCGACUUCAUCGCUCAGCGCCUGGGACUCCCGCUCGUGCCGCCGUCCCUUGCGCAUAACGGGAGCUUCAACUGCGGCGCCAACUUCGCCGUCGGGGGCGCCACCGCUCUCGACGCCGCUUUCUUCCACGGCGGCAAGUUCCCCCUCAACACCAGCUUGGGCGUGCAGCUGGAGUGGUUCGAGUCACUCAAGCCGUCGCUCUGCCACACUACCCAAGAGUGUAAGGACUUCUUCGGCAGAUCCCUCUUCUUCGUGGGCGAAUUCGGGGUCAACGACUACCACUUCUCGUUCCUCGCCAAGAGCGUGCGAGAGGUCAUGGCCUUUGUUCCAGAUGUAAUCGGUGCCAUCUCCACGGCCAUCGAGAGGCUGAUCAAGCACGGGGCGACGAGCUUCGUGGUUCCUGGAACGAUCCCCUCAGGAUGCGUGCCGCCAAUUCUCGCCAUGUUUGCCGACAAGGACCCAGCGGCAUACAACUCCACCACCGGUUGCCUGGAAGAUUACAACAAAUUAGGGAUGCACCAUAACUUGCUGCUGCAGGAGGCCCUAGAGAAGCUCCGGGGAAAGCACCCAAACACGACGAUCAUCUACGCCGACCUCUUCGGCCCCAUCAUGGAGAUGGUCGAGUUCCCUCGCAAGUUUGGGUUUGAAGAAGAUGUUCUUACCAUCUGUUGCGGAGGGCCGGGGACACUUUUCUGCGGCGAUGAAGGUUCGUACCUAUGCGAGAAACCGUCUGCUCGUCUGUUCUGGGACGGCGUUCACUUGACGGAGGCGGCUUACCGCUACAUCGCCGAUGACUGGCUGGGCAGCAUAGGCUCCCCUACAAGAGAAAGCAGUUAUCAGUCAGUAAGAUGACAGAAGCUGCUC